AGUUCAUCUGCUAGCUAGCGGCUAACUAGAUAUGAAGAGCUCCCUACCUGACGAGGAAGAGAUGGCGGCAAUGGUGCCGGCGGCGGUGGAGCGGCAGUCGUCGCCGACACGGACGACGACGAAGUCGUGGUGGAAGCUGGGCUCCGGCGUUGGGAUGAUCAUCGGCAGCCUCGUGUUACUUGCUCUGCUCUUCGGCACCAAACGGAUCCACCUCGAUGCUGCUUACUACAAUAAUUCGUUCUUGCCGGCCACUGAUCACAGCACCGGCAGCAGCGGCUUCAGUCGGCGUGGACGCCCUCCUCAUCCUCGCCGUGCACACUCACCCCUCGUACCCAUACCAUUCACCUGCGGCAACGACACGUCGCCUUCGUCACCGGCAUCCCUCUGCCGCCGCCGCCGCCGCGCGCCAUCGCCAGCACCAGCCCCGUCAUCGUCACAAGGAGCUCGGCGGUGGCGAUUCGACCCGAGCGUAGCACCACCGCCAUGGUGCCCGGUGUACUUCCGGCACAUCCACACGGACCUGGACCCAUGGCGUUCCACGGGGAUCACGCGCGACACGCUAGAGCGCGCCAUGCCGCACGCCGAGUUCCGGCUCACCGUCGUCUCCGGCCGCGCCUACGUGCAGAACCUCCGCCCCUCGUACCAGACCCGUGACGUGUUCACGCAGUGGGGCGUCCUGCAGCUCCUGGCCCGCUUCCCCGGCCGCGUCCCGGACGUCGACAUCAUGUUCAGCGCCGGCGACGUGGCCCAGGUGCUCUCCGCCGACUACUACAACACGACAACGCAUCCCCCGCCGCCGCUGUUCCGGUACUGCAAGGAGGAGAAGCUAGAGGCGGCCAUCGUGUUCCCGGACUGGUCCUUCUGGGGCUGGCCGGAGCUCAGCAUCCGGCCAUGGGCGCCGCUGAUGGAGGACUUCGUGAGGGAGAACAAAGCCCUCCCGUGGAGAAACCGGCAGCCCUACGCGUUCUGGAAGGGCAACCCGGAAGUGUCCGACGUGCGGCGGGACCUCUUCAAAUGCAACAACGACUCCGCCAACGGCAAGGACUGGAACGCUCGGCUCUUCUGGCAGGACUGGAACGCCGCCAGCCGCAACGGGUUCAGAGACUCCAACCUCGCGAAACAGUGCGACUACAGGUACAAGAUCUACGUGCAGGGGCACGCGUGGUCGGUGAGCGAGAAGUACAUCCUGGCGUGCGACUCCCCGAUGCUCGCCGUCGACACGAGCUACGUGGACUUCUUCUCCCGCGGGCUCGUCGCGGGCCGGCACUACUGGCCCAUCGACCCGGCGCGCAAGUGCCGGGCCGUCAAGUUCGCCGUGGGCUGGGGCAACGAGCACGCGGGGCAGGCGAUGCGAAUGGGGCAAGAAGGGAGCCGGUUCGCGAGGGAGGAGAUGAGCAUGGACUAUGUUUAUGAGUACAUGUUCCAUGUGAUUACUGAGUACGCGGCCUUGCUUAGGUACAGGCCGACCGUGCCGGAGAAGGCUGUGGAGGUGUGCGUCGAGUCAUUGGCCUGCGGCAGGCGCGGCCGUGAGAAGGAGUUUCUGAUGGAGUCUAGGGAGGAGUACGAGGCUAGGUACGAGCCUUGCACGCUGCCGCCGCCGUUUACGGACGAGGAGGCCAGGGAGAUGGCCGCCUGGGACCGAGAGGUGCGAAGCAAGCUAGUGAAGAUGGAAGAAGAGGGACAUUAGCUAAGGGAGAUGAAGGGUUGUGUUAACAUGCUGGUAAACGAGUCUUUCUGUCUCCAAUGUACGUAAGUGGCGGUUUCUUGCAAACAAACAAAAAAUAGCAAAGUGGUGGCUCCCUGCAAUGCAAUUUGCUCUAUGUAACAUAUCAUAUGUAUGAACCAAGUUCUUAUUCUUGCGCUCUAUAUCGUCGUUUUUUCAAAUUUAUGGUAUUCCCGAUCUUUGUUUUUCUUACCAGUUGGGCAUGACAACAAUUGUAUUCCGCCUUAAAUAUGGACACCUUGCUAGUGAGAAUAUACUGCAGAUUUAAUGCACAAUCCUGGGUGGCACCACAUUUUUCAUUCACAAUUGCCGGAUCGAAAGAAAUGUCAGCUCAAAAGACAUACUAGGAUUUCUCUGCAGAUGUCGAUGGCUUUGCGAAUG